GAGUCAUGCUGACGAAGGAUGAUCAAGUUGCUAUAUAAACAUAUAAACUGAGAUUUUGUAAAUUCUUUUGAUUUAAUAUUGAUACUUUGAUAAAGCCAUUAGCAGCAUUUGAAAUGGCGAAACGUCAGUAAAAAAAAACAACAACAAUAUAAUUUCGUCUUUUCCAUUCAUUGGGAAAUACAAGAACUUUUAUUACACUGAAUAUCACAUAUACUGAAUGCUCAAAUUUUUUCAAGCUGUUAAUAAAGAAAAUUAACAAUCUCCGUCGAUGGCUUUCAUCUGCAAUCAAAAGACAACCGUAUGAACCAAUUCGUAUUCAACAACAUGAAGAAGGUGGUGAUCUAACGUUUUCUAUUUCUGAGUUGAGUCUUCAUGGAAAGGCGGCAUUAGCCCAUUUUGAUCCUUAUUAUACAGAAGCCUAUGGGACAGUUGGCUGGCGAUCGAUGCGUAUCGCGCUGCUUAUGCCACCGAAGAAAGCUCUAUUGUACAAUCGAUACUUCCCUGAUGUCACAUUGUCAUCAACAAUACCUAGCAAAUUUCAUUCAAUGUUACCUGGUACAGAUUUUAUACGUACUUUGGUCAAAUAUCAGAAUUCCUCCCUGUUAGAGGAGGAUGUUGUUGUGCACAAUGAUGAUGAUGAUGAUGAUGUUGAUGAGAAUCCGGUGAUUAUUCAUGAGGCUGUAAACACAAUGGAGACAAGUGCCCCACGCAGACAAUUCUUAACCCGGUAUAACCCUUCAGACGAUGCGAUGGGCACAACGAAUCUCAAUGAAUUCAUUCCAUCAACAGAAUUGAUAAGUGAAAAUGAAAUAUACACCAGAGAAUGUGAUACAGACUUUACAUAUUUUACACAGGAUUAUUCUGGUAUGAUUACAGGAUCACAAGGGGAUCCAUUAGGUUUACAAUCCAACUUGAAAGUAAUAACCGAGAAAAUUGACCUUCCAACUGGAUUAUGUAUUAAGUGUGCCCCACCUGGUCGACUAGUCAGCAUUCCAGAACCUUUGUAUGUGAAUGGACAAUUCAGUUUACAUCAGAUGGAUUUGGGUUCCGCGGUGACUGUUUUAGCUUUGAACUUAAAGAAGAAUGAUAAUAUGUUGAAUAUGUCUACAUUUUCAGGGACGAAAUCAGUGAUCGCUUUACAAACUGGAUUACUAAAUCGCUUAACAUGCGUAGUUCGUUCACCAUCACGUAUAACUCAUGUUCAACAAAUAACUGAAACAUUUCAACUGCCUGAAAACACUACUACUACUGAAGCAGAAAUCCGCACAAAAAUAGACAUUAUUUGUUCCAACGAUCUUAGCAAUUACUUAUCAGCAGCCAAAGUUGAUGACAACUUUAAAUUUAAUAAAAUCUUAGUGAAUGUUCCAUGCUCAGCUGAUCGAUAUGCCAUAACAUCUGAUGCUGUUCAUGUGUUUAGUCCUGGGAAAAUCAAUGCACGUACUGGUUUGUCGAAAAAGCAACUACAUCUUCUUCAACAUGCAAUGUCUUUAUGCCCAGCCAAUGGAGACGUCGUCUAUUCCACUUCAACACUGUCACCCGGUCAGAACCAAGAGCUGAUUCAAUCGUUUAUUGUCAACAGUUCAAAAAUGGCUAAUUUCGCCUUGGUCAACAUGAAACCCUUGUACAAUUUACUCAACAGCUGUUAUUCUAAACUAGGCAUAAAAGUGAUCCCGAUCCGCUUGCCAUUAUUCGAUAACAGAGAUAUCAGUAACAAGUCCAAAUCAUCUGACAUUUGUCAUGCUUUACUUAUUGUUCCAUCUGUCACUUGUAAUUAUGGUCCUACAUUUAUAGCUAAAUUUAAACGUCUUACCUAAUCACUCGGAUCGUGGAAAGUGUUUUUUUCCUGUAUUUUUUCCGAUGUUUUGCGUCAGAAUAUUUGUUAUUUGAUGAAUACAUCUGAGAAACAAUAUCAUAUCUUCUUCAAAAAGAAAUAAUUCAAUCAAUGGGCAUUUGUAUUUGAAUAAAGAAAACAUUGGUUUUUUAGUACUUAAAGAAUAUUCUUUGUCUUUUGAUAUUUCUUCGUGGCUCAGUGAAGCAGAGCGUGGUACCACGGACG